AUGGCGGCAUUUGUAUACCUUACCACUGGGAUGGUCUCUUCAUCUUGGGGGCAGAUCAAGGCUGAUGGGGAGCAGGUUGAAAUUCCUUUCGUGUCACCUUCACAUCUGUCCCUGUCCCUUUCUGAUUUGCCUAGGGGUGCCACGUCGGUGGUGUACAGCUGUGAAGACCGAGAGACCCAUGUCCAGUACGCUGCCAAAAUACUGCAGAAGACGAUAGACAAGAAAAUUGUCAGGACCGAAAUUGGCGUCUUGCUGAGACUCUCGCAUCCAAAUAUAAUCAAACUCCGAGAGAUCUUUGAGACCCCUUCGGAGAUCACCCUCAUCCUGGAGCUCGUGACGGGUGGAGAGCUCUUCGACAGGAUCGUAGAGAGGGGCUUCUACAGCGAGAGAGAUGCGGCCAAUGUGGUGAAGCAGAUCCUGGAGGCUGUGGCCGUAAUCCAUAAGAACGGAGUGGUCCACCGGGACCUGAAACCAGAGAACCUCCUCUAUGCGGAUCUCUCCCCAGAUGCUCCUCUCAAAAUUGGUGAUUUUGGGUUAUCCAAGAUUGUGGAUGAACAGAACACAAUGAAAACUGUGUGCGGCACCCCAGGAUACUGUGCUCCUGAAGUCCUCCACGGGUCACCGUACGGUCCUGAAGUGGAUAUGUGGUCGGUCGGAGUCAUAACUUAUAUCUUGCUGUGUGGCUUUGAACCGUUCUUCGACCCGAGAGGAGAUCAGUAUAUGUAUAGCAGGAUUCUAAACUGUGACUACGAGUUUGUCUCUCCUUGGUGGGACGAGGUGUCUCUUAAUGCCAAGGAUCUGGUUCAAAAACUGAUUGUCUUGGAUCCCCAGAAAAGACUGACGGUGCAGCAGGCGCUGGAGCAUCCGUGGGUCAUGGGCAAAGCCGCUAAGUUUGCUCACAUGGACAGUACGCAGAAGAAGCUACAGGAAUUCAAUGCCCGAAGGAAGCUGAAGGCGGCAAUGAAAGCCGUCGUCGCUUCUAGCCGUCUGGGCAACCACGGCCACCACGACGGUUCUAGGAAUGGGCGUCAUCCGGAUACGGCCAAAGAGCCACGCCUGGACCAGGGAGCAGAAAGCACCCUCGCUGUUGAAGACGACCUUUAUAGUAAACCCUCCGGGACCAGUUUGUCAGAUGCCGGCUCGGCACCUCCCUCGGCUGAGGCCGAGAACCUUGAAUCAUUCCGGACUGAGUACUCCGUUGCCCCGGCGGUUGCGGUGAAUGGCACCGGCUGCCCGAGUUAACCCUGCAGGAGUUCCAGCUCUUUUGCUCUUGCCAACCAUUCAAGGGGUCAAAGUCUAUCCUGCCCCCCACACGCUGUGGAGAGACCCCCACAAAAGCCACCUGCCGGAUUGGGAGAGUGUGCAGAGGGAAGGGCGGCGCUUCUUAACGAAGAAAUAAUCUGGUUGUGUAUAGCUUUGCUUGCGGAUGCUCUGGCUUCAGUUACCAGUUUCACUCCUGCUACGGACUUUAC